CCCCAUUGGCCGCACCGCAGCUCAAAUAGGGCCGGGCCGGGCGCACGUCCCGACAGCAGCGAGAGGGGUCCGAGUGCCGAGUCCGUCCUGUGGCCCCGCCGGAGCUCUCGGCCUUGGCGGCGGUGGCGAUUGACGACGCGUCUGGGGCCGUCCCGCGAUGAGCAGCCCCGAUGCGGGCUACGCCAGCAGCGACGACCAGGCACAGGGGCGGUACUCGCUGCCCAUCAUGAUGCCGGCCGUGUGCCCGUGGGCAGAGUCGCUGAGUCCGCUGGGCGAGGCGAAAGCGAAGGGCGAGGCGGCGCCGUCGGGGGCGACGGGCGGCCGGAGCAAGAGCGAGGCGCGGAUCCGGCGCCCCAUGAACGCCUUCAUGGUGUGGGCGAAGGACGAGCGCAGGCGGUUGGCGCAGCAGAACCCGGACCUGCACAACGCCGAGCUCAGCAAGAUGCUGGGUAAAUCGUGGAAGGCGCUGUCGCUGUCGGAGAAGCGGCCGUUCGUGGAGGAGGCGGAGCGGCUGCGGGUGCAGCACAUGCAGGACCACCCCAACUACAAGUACCGGCCGCGGCGGCGGAAGCAGGUGAAGCGCCUGAAGCGGGUGGAGAGCGGCUUCCUGCAGCACGGCCUGGCGGAGGCGGCGGCGGCGGCGGCGUCGGGGCCCGGGCUGGGCAGCGAGGGCGGUGUCGGCGGCAGCGUCGGCGGCAGGAUGUGCGUGGAGGGGCUGGGACUGCCCUACGCCGAGCAGGGCUACGGGGCGGCGGGCGCGGGCCACUACCGGGACUGUCCGCCGCUGGGCGCCGCGUUCGACGGCUACAGCCUGCCGACGCCGGACCCGUCGCCGCUGGACGCGGCGGAGAGCGAGGCGCCUUUCUUCGCGGCGGGGCUGCAGGAGGAGUGCGCGCUGGUGCCCUAUGGCUACGGCCCGCACCCGGCGGCCGCCGAGUACCCGGCGGCGGGCGAGAGCCCGUCGGGCGCGUCGCUGCGGCGGCACCUGGCAGCCGGCGAGGCGCUGGGGCCGGGCGGGUCGCUGCAGGGGCUGCUGGGCUGUCCGGCGCCGCUGCACGCGUACUACGGGCAGGCGUGCCAGCCGCCCGGCCCGGGGCGCGGCCCGCCGCCGCCGCUGCCGCCGGGGCCCGUGGGGCAGCCGUCCCCGCCGCCCGAGGCCGCGCCGUGCCGGGAGCAGCUGGAGCAGCUGCCGCCCGAGGAGCUGCUGGGCGAGGUGGACCGCACGGAGUUCGAGCAGUACCUGCGCUUUGCCUGCAAGCCCGAGCUGGGGCUGCCCUUCGCCGGCCACGACGCGGCCGGGCUGGCGGCGCCCGACGGCGCGGGUCCCAUCUCCUCGGCCGUCUCAGACGCCAGCAGCGCCGUCUACUACUGCGGCUACCCCGACGUGUGAGGGACUGGCUGGGGCACGGCACGGACUGGCAGAGAGGUGCUCGGCCCCCUCUCUUAUUUAUGUAAUUUAUUUUAUUUGUCUCGGGACAAUUUUGCUAACUCUGUCCGGACGGAAAUAUGCUACUGUCCUGCAGGUUAAUAGCGUAUUUCGGACUGUUUUUCGACUGGUGUGACAGAAUGUUUACAUCUUCUUUUUUCUCUGUUGUCUUUGCCUAAGGUUCUCGUUAUUCGUGUGUUAUCAGCACUGUUAGUCGUUUGCCCAGAAGACGUUUUUAGUAGUCUUCUUAACUAUAUCUUUUUUUUUGUAUUUCAGAAAAAUAAAUGAACGCACAGCUGUUUCUGU